AUGCGUUUUUUUCGCGUACCUUGCUUCUCGUUGCGGUAUCAGGGCAGCGGACGAAUCGAGGAUGUUCACCUCUUCAUGACGUGCCUGUACCAACUCUGGUAUUACAGAGGGCCAUGGAACUGCUGUUUGGCCUCCCUAGUAGACUUCCUCAAUAGCCUUGUUCUAUUCUCUGUGGUAUUUUUCCUUGCCCUGAUGUUUGAUUGGUCUGCUGCGCUUAACUGUGAUGAGGUGAGCUGCGGGAACGUGAAGUUGGUGCACGGCGUUCGAUGGCCGACGAUUUUUGGCGCCAAUCACAUGUUGCUGGCGUUAAUAUUGCUACUUUCCUCCGCCAUUACGGCUUUCUACGAGUUUCUAAGGUUUGUGGAGACGUGUCGGCUGCAGAGCGAGCUCUACGGCAUGCUGCGUGGCUUUGUUGACUGCGGCUACCUCACACCCGUGCAUCGCCUGCUGCAUAGGUGGCGAAGCAUUCGUGCAGGUGCACAGGGGCACGAAGAAAUUGGCCUCACGGGUGACUCCCACUUUGUGGGAGAUCUGAGCUGGGGACGAUUUUUGGAUAUCGUUUGUGAGCGGGUGCAAAACGAUCGCGACUUUGGUAUUCUGGCACACCAGGAGUUUGACAGUCUUCGCGCGGUUCAGGCGCUGAUGGUGUACGACAACUAUUUUAUAGCGCUCCACGAGCACGGCGUCCUUGAGAAGGGCACAUUAAAGUACGUGGAUAACGAUCUUCUCAAGAUUAUCAUUUCUGGGAUGUUUGACGAAUUCAAUACACUCAAGGAUGGGAAGAACCAACUGGCACUGGUUCGGUGGCAGGUUCUCAAGUGUCUUGUCUGCUACGUUUUGCUGUACCCCUUUGUUGUGACGCUCUCACUGCUGCGCGUGCUCGUCAAAAACGCCGCCAUCAUGCGCUCGGAUUGGGGGAAUUACAUGACAAUGUACUGGAGCAACCACGCACAGUGGACCUUUCGCCUGUACAACGAGGUUCCACAUUUUCUGUCCGCGCGACUGUCGGCGGGGAGAGAGAUAGCGGCAGGCAUGGUAUUGCAGUUACAGCCGUAUUCUAGUGCUGAACGCUUCAUCCGUAGAACGGCCUCGACAAUCGUCUUUGUCACGUUGUUACUCUCUUUCCUGAAUGCGCCCCUCUUCAUUUCAGGAAGUAUUGGGGGAAUCCCGUUUGUUUGGUGGCUUUCCAUCGCACUUGUGGCCUUUACUGUCUGCAUGGAGAGGUUUCCUGCGCAACGGGAGUACAAUUACGUGGUGGACCUUGACAAGCUUAUUGUGAAGCUACACUACAGGGAGGAGGAGUGGUUUUACUCAGGGGAACGCUUCUACAAGGCGUUGACACGGGAUUUUCUGAAAAGCCGGUUUUCUGUGAUUUUUGCGGAUUUAGCGCACACCUUUUUUAUGCCGAUCAUUCUCCUCGGUGUGUUGUUUGACGGAAGCAUCGCGGAGCUCGUAAAUGGGGUGUUUAACGAGUCUGUGACGGUGGACGGGCUGGGUUCGGUGUCAAGAGGGUCUGCCUUUGAGUUGCAGUGCGGCGGCGGCGGCGGCGACGACGCGCCUGCGGCCGGCCUCAAUGAAAAGAGUGCCAAAUCCAUCGCAAGUUUUUCCGCUAUUUACGCUGGUUGGUCGGAGAAACGGAUGCGGACGACGGAGGAGGAGGAGUUAAAAAUGACGGAGUCCGGCGGCGCCUCCACCGCAACGCUGAACCGUUUGGUGAGAAACUUGCAUGAGCAGGUCAAUGCGCAGAGGCUCCCGGACCAACUACGGGACUCGGCUUGCUUUUCCUCUGCUUUUCGUGCGUACCCCACAAAUGAGGGAUUUCUUCAAUCGACGUUGUGGGAGCAAAGCAACGCCCACGAGCGGGAGCAGAUGUUCGUCUCGCAGGUUAUGAGUACAAUUCUUCCUGAGUUGUCCUGCCCGGGGCAACCAUCAUCCCGGUUUUCCUCGCACCGGAUGAACAGAGAAGGUGUGUCAGGCGAAUCCGCUCUGUUUCAAACGAUGCGCACCGUAGGUGGACCGGCCUAUCGGAGCUCGGACGUCUAG